AUGUCAGCCUCAUCCUUGCUUAUGGAAAAUAUUCCAGACCUGGACAUGAGAGGGCAGGGAACAUAUAAGCGCUUCGAGGAAGGCAGCAUGUGUCUUCACGAAAAGCUUUACAACUCACAAACCUGCAGAUACCCCAAGGUCCACCCGAUCCACCCCAAGAGGUCCACCAUGGCAUCGAGUCCACACUGGACGCACCUCCCGUUUCGGCUGGCUUCAGCUGGCGAAGUGCUGGCAGCCGGUAUUGCUCUUCCCAUUGCCUGCCUCGUGUGUGUGAUACUUCGCUUCCUUGCUCGAGCCAGGCAAAAGGUUCGCCUGGGUCUGGACGACUGGCUACUCGUGCCUGCAGCGAUCAUGGUAACUGGAAUGGGCAUAUGCUUCAUUUAUGGCUACUCCGUCCACGUAAUGGGGUACCCGACACCCUACCCCAUAAGCGACGAUCCCAAAAAGGCAUUAGCGAAGUACAACCGCGCCUACGAAAUCGAAGCCAAGAUUGAAUUCUACUUCCAACUCUUCAUGAUCGCAGCGUACGGCUUCAUCAAAGCAAGCAUCGUCCUCUUCUAUCGCCGUAUCUUCGUCUCGAACAAGAAGUCCCGAUUCGCCAUCAUCUCCAACAUAUGCCUCGUCGUAACGGUGGUGUGGGCCGUGGCAUUCUUCCUCCUGUUUUUAUUCGGCUGCAAGACGAAAGUCUACCUCCAUUGGGCGCCUAUCCAGGAAGUAAGGGAGCACUGUGGGGACCCCCUUGCCGCCGAAUCGGCCCUGGUCAUCUCGGACCUCAUCACUGAUUUGGCCAUCCUGCUCCUGCCCUUUCCCAAGAUAUGGACGCUCCAGAUGUCUGUGAGACGGAAGAUUGCGCUAAGUUGUAUUUUCGGGGUGGGCUUGAUGGCGCUGUCGGCCUCUGUCGUGAGACUGGCCGUUUACCUGAUUGUCUUUGAGGUCGGAUAUGAGGCUGGAUACGACCCUGACCGUGAGCUUCCCCUUACCUCAUAG